GUAAAGUUGGGAGACAAAAGUGUAGAGUUGACGCGUUGCUGGUUGAUAAGCGCAACGGUGUGUUUUGUAUCUUGUUGCACUUUCCCGUUAUUGUCGGCCUGCUUCAACUUGAACCUAUAAACGCGAGACGGGUUGAUCGAAAAAAAAAUUGACAAUGAUAAUAAUGAUUCCGAUAAGCAAGAAAGCAGCCUUCCCCAUUUUUUUCUGCUGCCUCUUGAUUGUGUCGUCGGUGAUGCCCAAGUCAUUGGUAAAGAGAGAUGACACCCAAUUUGUAUGUAAAGACAGAGUUCCUUGCGGAUGGGCGGUUUACAAUCAAAUCACGAGAAAUGUGGACUAUUUUAUGAAAAAUACAUGUGAAUGCCCCCAAAGUUUAACUUGUCUGAAGGCGGAUGAGGAUAUUUCGAUCCAAUCUUAUGUGUAUCGAUGCCAGCAGACGGAAGAAGAAUCUAAAGCCACGUGAUACUACAAGACCAAAUACCCUCUGUCACUAACUUACCAGACGACCAAUAGUAUUUUAACUUAAGAUUUCUUAGUUUUUAUAUUUUAACAUUUUUUUAACGAGUUUGAGAUUUAUAAGUUUCUUACCUGUAUUUUAACACAUCCUAUCAUAACAUAUUCAGACGUUUCCAAAUGGGAUACUUUGUCCUACAAAAUACAGAACAACUAGAUUCACUUUGUCUAUGAAAAUAAACAUUUUCUCUGCUCCUUUAUUAGUAUUUUGUAGGUACUAUAUAUGUAUUCUUAACUAGUUUUGAUAAUUUUUCGAAAUAUCUGCAUAGAUGAAAUUAAUAAAUAAGAUAUAUAGAUUGUAACCGAAUGACUGAUAAAAUUAAGCAUAUUUUUGUAUUUAUUUGUGCACCUGUAUAUUUAUAUAAAGUUUACAAGUAUUCCUACAUUUAACUAUUAAAUUAUUUUUAACAUUAGAAAAGGACGUUUGGCAUCUAAUUCAUUUAAUAA